CUUGGAGACGGGUGGGCAGGAGAGCAGAUCCACCCUCCUCUUGAGGAAGCAACCACCACCCCCAGGAAGCAGCAGAUGGUGGCACACAGGCAGAGUCCCUGCGUGCUGUAGAGCAGGGCCAGCAGAUCUGUACUCAGCCUCAGCCCCAGGGCAGCUGCAAGAUAGACUGAGACCCUCACAGGUUGGGCUCUGUGCCCCCACCCAAAUCUCAUCUGAACUGUAAUCCUCCUGUGUCAAGGGAGGAACCUGGUGGGAGGGGAUGGGAUCUGGGGACAGUUUCCCCCCUGCUGCUCCCCUGAUAGUGAGGGAGUUCUCAGGAGAGCUAAUGGUUUGAAAGUGUGGCACUUCCCGGUUCUCCACUCACUCCCUCCUGCUGUCUUGUGGAGAAGGUGCCUGCUUCCCCUUCGCCUUCUGCCAUGACUGUAGGUUCCCUGAACUGGGAGUCAAUUAAACCUCUUUCCUUUAUAAAUUACCUAGUCUCAAGUAUUUCUUUAUAGCAGUGUGAAAACAAACUAGUAACCCUUCCCUGAGGCGCCUUCUCCUUAGGCAACCAGCUGUCUCCAUGCUCCUCCUCUGCCCCCUGUUCUUUCUUUUCCCCUCAUGAGGCCCAAGUGAUAAACAGGCCAGCCGCAGCCCCAGCCCCAGCCCCAGCCCCGUCCUACUGCAAGCCUGUGUGGCUGCUGGAGAGGCCAUGCUCCUUUCCUCUCCCUGAGCCUGCCUGAUACGCUUUCUGGAUCCUGGAGGAAACUGACCCACUAUUCUCAUACUGGUGCAACAUCACCAGUAUGAGUACCAGUCUUGGUACAGCUUCCAAGACCUCAAAGCUGUACCAUUUGAGCCAGGCUUUUUUCUUGUCUCCACUUGCUAGGGCUGUCGUUCGGACAGUCCUAGAGGGUGGUGCCAAUGGAUGAAUGGAUGGAUGGACAGCAGUCCAGGGAUGAUGUCCCUGUCUGUCCUGAACUCGGCCCUUCCUCCAAUGAGAAGCCUUCCUGAGAUGGACACGGUAGAGGACGCGGACAGUUGGUGGGCACAAGAGCGAGAGGACAUCAUUAUGAAAUACGAAAAGGGACACCGAGCUGGGCUGCCAGAGGACAAGGGGCCUGUGCCUGUUGGAAUCUAUGGCAACAUUGAUCACUUUGGAAUUCUGCAUGAGACGGAGCUGCCUCCUCUGGCCGCACAGGAGGUGAAGAAUCGGCGGGAGAUGAGACGGACGAGCAAGUGGAGGAAAAUGCUGGGAGAAUGGGAGACGUAUAAGCACAGUACAAAACUCAUAGAUCGAGUGUACAAGGGAAUUCCCAUGAACAUCCGGGGCCCGGUGUGGUCAGUCCUCCUGAACAUUCAGGAAAUCAAGUUGAAAAACCCGAGAAAAUACAAGAUCAUGAAAGAGAAGGGCAAGAGGUCAUCUGAACACAUCCACCAGAUCGACCUGGACAUAAGCGGGACCUUAAGGAAGCAUAUCUUCUUCAGGGAUAGAUAUGGAGCCAAGCAGCGGGAACUAUUCUACAUCCUCCUGGCAUAUUCGCAGUAUAACCCGGAGGUGGGCUACUGCAGGGACCUCAGCAACAUCGCUGCCUUGUUCCUCCUUUACCUGCCUGAGGAGGAUGCAUUCUGGGCACUGGUGCAGCUGCUGGCCAGUGAGAGGCACUCUCUGCAAGGAUUUCACAGCCCAAAUGGUGAGACAGUCCAGGGGCUCCAAGACCAACAGGAGCAUGUGGUACCCACAUCACAACCCAAGAUCAUGUGGCAUCAGGACAAGGAAGGUCUAUGUGGGCAGUGUUCCUCAUUAGGCUGCCUUAUCCGGACACUGAUUGACGGGAUCUCUCUCGGGCUCACCCUGCGCCUGUGGGACGUCUAUUUGCUGGAAGGAGAACAGGUGUUGAUGCCGAUGACAAGCAUUGCCUUUAAGGUUCAGCAGAAGCACCUCAUGAAGACGUCCAGGUGUGGCCUGUGGGCACGUUUUCGGAACCAGUUCGUUUACACCUGGGCCAGAGAUGAUGACACUGUGCUCAAGCAUCUUAGGGCCUCUAUGAAGAAACUAACGAGAAAGCAGGGGGACCUGCCACGCCCAGCCAAACCCAAGCAAGGGUCCUCGGCAUCCAGGCCUGUGCCGGCUUCACGUGGCGGGAAGACCCUCUGCAAGGGGGACAGGCAGGCCCCUCCAGGCCCACCAGCCCGGUUCCAGCGGCCCAUUUGGUCAGCUUCCCCGCCAUGGGCACCUCGUUCUUCCACACCCUGUCCUGGUGGGGCUGUCCGGGAAGACACCUACCCUGUGGGCACUCAGGGUGUGCCCAGCCUGGCCCUGGCUCAGGGAGGACCUCAGGGUUCCUGGAGAUUCCUGCAGUGGAACUCUAUGCCCCGCCUCCCAACGGACCUGGAUGUAGGGGGCCCUUGGUUCCCGCAUUAUGAUUUCGAACAGAGCUGCUGGGUCCGUGCCAUAUCCCAAGAGGACCAGCUGGCCACCUGCUGGCAGGCUGAACACCCUUCAGGGUUGAGAUUGGCUUUCAGUGCACCCAGCACUGAAUCCGACGAGGGCACCCCCUUCAGAGCUAGGGACGAACAGCAGUGCGCUCCCACCUCAGGGCCUUGCCUCUGCUGCCUCCACUUGGAAAGUUCUCAGUUCCCUCCAGGCUUCUAGAAGCAUCUGGGCCAGGGCUCGUGGCUGGAUAAUUUCCCAAGGCUUAACAACCCAAGCAAGCUUCCCAUCCUCGUUUUAUUUUUUGUUAAACUUAUGAAAAUUUAUUAAGAAAGUGUGCAGCUCGAGAGACAUUCAGAAAUGGAACACACCAGCCCCAAGAUCACAAAGCCAACCAUGCCUAGCCCCUCCCAGCACCCCCAGCCCCACGACCAGCGUUCUGAAUUCUGAUGACACCAUGAGCCUGCCUUUGUACUUUAAACUCAUGGAAGGAUAACCACCUUCACGUUUUAAAAUAAAUGUUUCCUGUUGAAUGAUUUUA